UCACGUGACUCCUCUCAGAGUCUGUGCGCCUCUGAAGCAGCAGAGACGCUGAAAGCAAAAGGACACGCAGCAUUUAGGAGGUCAGAAAAAAACAAAAGAAAACUGCUGCGUUUUUUAAAAGCGGACUGUUACAGCUUUCUACGAUGUUUGGACUCGGGGAAAAAAUGGAGUUUCUCAUUGGAAACCCCUUCUCUACGCCCGUCGGUCAGAGAAUCGAGCGAGCAACCAUUGGCUCUCUACAGUUAGAGGACUGGGGCCUCAACAUGGAGAUAUGUGACAUCAUCAACGAGACGGACGAGGGGCCCAGAGAUGCAGUCAAAGCUAUUAAGAAGAGAAUAGUAGGAAAUAAGAACUUCAGAGAGAUCAUGUUGGCCCUCACUGUUCUUGAGACCUGUGUGAAGAACUGUGGCCAUCGCUUCCAAGUUUUGGUAGCCUCGCAAGAGUUUGUUGAAGGGGUUUUGGUUCGUUCCAUUCUGCCCAAAUACAACCCCCCAACUGUCCUCCAUGACAGAGUUCUCAGUCUCAUACAGUCAUGGGCCGAUGCGUUUCGUAGCUCUCCCUCCCUGGCCGGGGUGGUGUCCGUAUACGAUGACCUGAGGAGGCGAGGCCUGGAGUUCCCCAUGACAGACCUGGAUGCUCUGUCCCCCAUCCACACUCCAAACAGAAGUAUUCCAGAAAACGGGACUCCUGAGGCGACCCCUGUCACUGCUCCCACAAGCCAGUCACAACCAGCAGCUCCUUUAAGUGCUCCCAGUCAGAGUAGCUCAACUCCAGUCCAGCCCAGUGAAGGUCCAGCGUCACUUUCUGCUGAGCAGGAACAGAAGCUGCGAAGUGAGCUGGCUCUGGUGAAGGGAAAUCUGAUGGUGAUGUCUGAAAUGUUGAAUGAGCUAAAACCUGGACAGAGUCAGCCUGAUGAUACAGAGCUGCUACAGCAGCUGUUCUCAGUGUGUAAGAAGAUGCAGAGUCGAGUGGUGGAGCUCAUUCCUCAGCUGAUAGAUGAAGGAUUUAUUGAAGAGCUGCUCGUGGUCAACGAUGACCUCAACAAUGCCUUCAUCUGCUAUGAGAGGUUUGACAGGCUGAACAAAGCACAAAUGACAAGCAUGCAGCAGAGCUCUACCUCGAGCCUCGUCGACCUCAGUCCUGGACCUUCCACUGCCAGACAACCUGCUCUUAUUACAACAACCAGCCAACCAACAGUGAGCACAGGGACCAAUCCACAGCUAGCAGCCAAUCACAAAGGAGAGGAGGAGUUUGACAUGUUUGCCCAUACCAGAGGCAGUUCCCUGGCAGAGCAGAGGAAAAGUGUCAGAUAUGAGGAUCCAGGAGCUGUGGAGGGCCUUGCUGGAGCUCUGGACACAAGGUUGCAGGUCACAGCAGGGAUCCAACCAGCAAAAAACUCCCUGCAGAGCAACAUAGACAAAUGGCUAUCUAGUGAUAUGCAGGAGGAGCAGUCUUCAGUUUGUGAGGGAGUCUCCAGUGAAGAGUUUGAUAAGUUUCUGGAGGAUCGGACGAAGGUGGCGGACUACAGCAGCCAGACGAUUCGCAGUGUGCCGCCCACCACACCCAGACCGCCACCGUCUCAAUCCACCCGGAAACAGGACACGUCACAUGACCAGCUUUUCUCGCUUUGAGUGUGGGAACAAACAGGAGGAAUCGGGUGGAGGUCAACAUAGUCAUAUCAUCAAAUUGAAAUAUACCUACAAUCACACACACACACACACACACUGUGUCAGAUCAGGUUUUCUCUGCAAGUGCACACAUUGGAAUUAAAACCUGAAAGCAGAACUACUGUUUAAUCAACUCCUUUCAUAAAUGCUGUAUUUGUCUGUGCAUGUCUGCUGUUUGUUAUCUUGAUGUACAUAUAAGCAGCUUUAUGUGACUGUAUUUAAGAUGUAUGAUUAUAAUAUUGAUGUAAGCAAAAAUAUUUAGAUGUUUACAGUUGCAUAUCAUGCAGAAGAUAUAUUUGAUAUCACACCAUCAUGUGCCUUUGACCAAGAGAGCUGAUUUUGUGUAGAUGAGAAUAAAUGGGACCCAAACGUG